AUGCUAGCCAGUCUUUCAUCGAUUCUGGCAUUUCUACGACUUCUAUACGACUAUAUACGUGACGCAUUCACAACGAUGAGCGAAUACGCUUUCGACUGGUUGAAAGCCAAAGCAAUUGGAUGGACUCAUGUACCACCAAUUAACAAAAUUGACACUCAUCAUCAUUAUGUGCCUGACUUUUACAGCAAGGCCGUUGAAGUUGCAGGCGGUGACCCUAGCGGAUGGCCGACUCCUCAUUGGAGCUCCACUGGCUCCAAACUGCUCAUGAAGCGUCUUGGAGUUCAAACGGCCAUUCUCUCCACCACAGCCCCGGGGGCGUGUAUUCUCAACGGACAGGCUUCUUUCGACCUUGCUCGAAAACUAAACGAAUAUGCUGCGGAUCUCCGGGACAAAGAUCCUCAAUCGUUUGGGUUCCUCGCGUCUCUUCCCAGUCUCCUGGACACUGACGCAGCGCUCGCUGAAAUAGCAUACGCCCUGGAUGUGCUUCACGCCGACGGAGUGACUCUAUUCACGCGUUAUGGCGAGGACAAUACCUAUCUAGGUCAUUCUUCUGUCGAGCCCAUCUGGGCCGAGCUCAAUCGUCGCAAAUGCGUGGUGUUUGUUCAUCCCACACAUCCCAUCGAUACCAAUCCAGUCAACUCGAAGUUACCCCAGCCUGCAAUUGAUUAUCCGCAUGAGACGACUCGCACGGCCAUGGACAUGAUUCUCAUGGGGACGCGGCGCAAGUAUCCAGACUGCAAGGUGAUUUUGUCUCAUGCGGGCGGCGCUUUGCCGUAUCUGAUCAGCCGGGUUGCAACGCCCAUGCGCACAGCGCCAGACUUUGCUGCUUCUCAUCGGAUGGGCACGACGCAUGCUCAAGUGAUGGAAGACUUUCGCAGCUUCUAUUAUGAUCUGGCACUCUCGUCUGCUCCUCAGGUCAUGGAUCUGGUAUUGAAGAUGAUCCCACAUGAUCAUAUCCUAUUUGGUAGCGACUUCCCGUAUGCACCAAUUACUGCCUAUCCAGCGUUCCUGGAAGAUUUGGAGAACUAUGAAAUGAGUCCAAAGUUGCGAGACAUGGUCAAUUUUGAGAACGCUCGAAAGUUGAUUCCCAGGCUAGCUGCACGACCAUCACGUGACCACGCGCCUUCUUUCCUCGCGAGCAACUCCUCGCCUUUCUCUAACGCGUCAACCAGGGCUCCUCAUGCCACCCGAACGCAGCAAUGUGCCGGUGAAGCUGUCACUGCCCCUGUGGGCCAGCAAUAUCAGCAGGACAUCUUCACCGAACUACGCCAGGAGGAUGAGCUUGUCGUGCUCGCCCGCGGCCUGGGGCUUCUGCACCUGAUCACUAACCUGCUUCAUUUUUAUGAUGCGGUUGGUAACAACCUGGUCCUGGUGGUGGGUGCAGAUGAUCGGGAGAAUGAAUGGAUCGGAGAGGCUCUGGCGGAACAUUAUGCUACCAGCAAAGCUCCCCUUGCUAGGGGACUGAAGGUCAUCAAUACGGAGAAAGCUACGGUGCCGAUGCGUGAACGGAUCUAUGCCCAAGGCGGUAUUCUGAGUGUGACAUCCAGAAUAUUGGUGGUUGACCUGCUAUCAAAACUCCUGGAUCCUGAGAAGGUGACAGGAAUGGUCGUACUGCACGCCGAUAAGGUGGUGGCAACCUCGCUUGAGGCGUUCAUCAUUCGGAUCUACCGUCAAACGAACAAGCGUGGCUUUUUCAAGGCCUUCUCAGACUCCCCUGAACCGUUCACCACUGGGUUCGCUCCGCUGGCCAAUAUGUUGCGCAAUCUGUUCUUGCAAAAGGCGUCAUUAUGGCCCCGGUUCCAUGUCGCAGUGGCCGAAUCCCUAGAAGGACAUCGCAAGGCAGAAGUGAUCGAGUUGGAGGUCCCGAUGAGCGACAAAAUGAGAGAAAUACAGAAUGCCGUCCUUGAAUGCGUCGAAAUUAGCAUCAGCGAACUGCGAAAGUCCAACACGGGUCUGGACAUGGAAGAAUGGACACUGGACAGUGCCUUGCACAGGAACUUUGACGUUUCCAUUCGACGCCAACUGGACCCGAUCUGGCAUCGGGUGAGUUUCAGAACUAGGCAAAUUGUUAGCGACCUGGGUGAUCUUCGGGCAAUUCUUCAUGCUCUACUUACAUAUGACGCGGUGUCUUUUGUGAAAUACCUUGAUACCAUUGUGGCUGCCCACUCUCCACCCACUGGUUCCAACAAGCACAACUACUCGCCCUGGCUCUUCCUUGAUGCCGCGCAUGUGCUUUUCCAGACAGCCAAGUCUCGAGUUUAUCAAGGAAAAAUUGGCAAUGACCUUGCUCGCCCUUCAUCACUUAUCACUUUCUCCUCUGAAUUGGAUCCCGUGCUUGAGGAGCUGCCCAAAUGGAAUGUUCUAGCGGAAGUUUUGGGAGAGAUUGAGCAUGAUGUUUAUCUUCAUCCGACAAAUCUGGACGAGUCGAAUGGUACAAUACUCAUUAUGUGCAAUGACCAACGCACUGGGCGCCAACUUCGAGAGUACAUUAGUAUUAUGCAUGCGCGGCUUUCCCAUGGAUGGAAAACCAAAGAAGACGAUGAUUUGAUUGAUGACAACCCCUCUGCAGAAGUGCUCAUGCGGCGACGCCUACGAGACUAUCUCAAUUGGAAAAGGUCGCUUUCAAACGUCAACAGAAACCUGUCGGCCACGAGCGAGGAUGGAAAAAGUCAGGAAUCAUCGACACCCCAGCAGCAACAAGGAAGGCCGCCUCCAAAUAAACGCCGCCGAGUUCGUGGCGGGGGAGGAGUCUCCUCUUCUGCUGGACGCGUGCCGAAUGCCAGUGUUCAGACCGAGGUUGAGCAACCAGCGCAGGUCGCUAAUCUACUCGAGGAACUUCAACCGACCGAAGUGGAGGAGAUGCAGAAAGAAGAAGUGGUUCUUGAUGAGCUCCAGGGUAUGGACGACUUCUACGAAUUGUACGAUAUGAAUGAUCUGGUCAUGAUUCACCCGUAUGACGGCGACAUGGACGAGCAUAUCCUCGAGGAAGUCCGGCCGCGAUACAUCAUCAUGUACGAGCCCGACCCAGCAUUCAUCCGGCGGGUGGAGGUCUACCGCAGCUCUCAUCUGGGCCGAAAUGUGAAGGUAUAUUUCAUGUAUUAUGGUGGCUCGGUAGAGGAACAACGGUACCUGAGCGCCGUGCGGCGGGAGAAAGACGCUUUUACGAAAUUGAUCAAGGAAAAAGGCAAUAUGGCUGUUACCCUGACGCACGACAAGAGCGCCGAAGAUCCACAGGAACAGUUUCUUCGAACAGUCAACACCCGUAUUGCCGGAGGAGGGCGACUCGCCGCGACAGCGUCUCCUCCUCGGGUCGUAGUAGAUGUGCGAGAGUUUCGAAGCGCUCUCCCGUCCUUAUUGCACGGAAACAACAUGAUUGUGAUUCCUUGCCAGCUAACGGUUGGCGAUUACAUUCUCACGCCAGACAUCUGCGUGGAGCGCAAAUCGAUCCGUGACCUGAUCACCUCACUGCGCAACGGCCGUCUCUACAACCAAGCCGAGACAAUGCUCCAGCACUACAAGAACCCGCUACUUCUCAUCGAGUUCGACCAGAACAAGUCGUUCACAUUCGACGCCUUUGCGUCCAUCUCAGCCGGCACAAAUUUCAUGACCGACUACGGCUUUUCCUCAACGGGUGCAGCAACCUCCUCCGCCAGCAGUAGUUCGUUGGCCAACCCCUCGAACCCGAAAUCCGCGCAGCAUCUGCUCGUGCUCCUUACGCUCGCGUUUCCACGACUGAAAAUCAUCUGGUCGUCUUCACCCUACCAGACCGCCGAGAUCUUUGCCGAGCUCAAAAAAAACGCCCCGGAACCAGACCCACUGCGCGCAGUGCAGAUUGGUCUUGACAUGGACCUAUCUGCCUCCUCUGGAGAUAAUAUGAUGGCCGUCGCCGGGAUCGAGCAUCGCACCUUCAACCUCCUCCCGCAGGACAUGCUGCGUGCCGUGCCGGGGGUGACGCCGCAAUCCCUUGAGCGCCUGAUACUGGAGACAGAGAACAUCAGUGAUAUUGCGAAUAUGGACGUCGACCAGCUCGAUCCAUUGGUUGGGAAGGAAGCCGCGCGCAAGAUGGUGGGCUUCUUUCGGAAGAGCGUGUUUGACGGAUAG